AUGAUAGAGGAGAGCAGGAACAACACUUGCGGAAGCGCCAACGACGACAUCUGGGGCACUGUGCGGCCGCGCGAUGUUCGUCUCCAGAUCUACCUCUCGCUCGCCCUGGGCCUAGGCGGCUUUCUGGCCUUCUGUUUUCUACGCCCACGAUGGAAGGGCCUGUACGCUGCACGCAAGAAGCAGAACGAGCUGGCAACCGCGCUGCCCGACCUCCCCGACUCUUUCUUCGGCUGGAUACGCCCGUUAUGGAACAUCACAGAGGAUCAGGUGCUCGCCUCGGCUGGCCUGGAUGCCUACGUAUAUCUGGCCUUCUUCAAAAUGGCCAUCAAGUUCCUCGUCGUCACGCUCUUCUUCGCUGUCGCAGUCAUCAAGCCUGUUCAUGACACGCACCAAGACAAAGAGGGCAAGGACAAGCCCUUGUCUGGUCUUGAUCCACACGAUCACAUCGAGGCUCGUUCCACGCUCACGACCAUGGCAGCAGACUACGAGAAGUAUACCGACUACCUCUGGAUGUACCUCGUUUUCGUCUAUCUCUUCACCGGGCUGAUCCUCUACCUGAUGGUCUCAGAGACCAGGAAAAUCAUCGAUGUCAGACAAAGGUAUCUGGGCAGUCAGACCACCAUCACAGACAGGACCAUAAGGUUAUCUGGCAUUCCCCAGGAUCUCCGAGAGGAGGACAAGAUCAAAGAAUUCAUCGAGGACUUGCAAAUCGGGAAAGUCGAGAGCGUUACGCUCUGCAAGAACUGGAAAGAACUAGACGACCGGAUGGCACAGAGAUAUGUGCUCUUGAGAAAACUCGAAGAAGCUUGGACCGUUCACUUGGGAAGCAAAAGGGUUGAGCGAAGCCUGGAAACACUGCCUGUCGUCCAACCGCGCCCGUCCGAUCAUGAAGACGAUAGCGAAUCAAGUCAUCUCUUGAGCACAGGAUUGGACUCUGACCAUGUCAUCUCCAAUGUACGGCCACGUCCAAUGGCGAAGAUCUGGUACGGUCGCUUCAAGCUUCGGUAUAAGAGCGUUGAUGCAAUCGACUACUAUGAAGAGAAGCUGCGCCGACUGGAUGAUGAGAUCAAAAGUCUUCGCAACACAAACUUUGAGCCAACACCGUUAGCCUUUGUGACCAUGGACAGCGUGGCGAGCGCGCAAAUGGCAAUACAAGCAGUGCUGGAUCCUUCCCCACUUCAGCUGUUGGCAAAGAACUGUCCUGCCCCAUCCGAUGUCGUCUGGACCAAUACCUAUCUUCCUCGUCGUCAAAGGAUCGUCCGGUCCUGGACAAUCACCGUUGUCAUUGGGAUUCUGAGCAUCUUUUGGACAGUUCUCCUUGUCCCGAUCGCUGGUGCACUCAACACCUGCUCUAUCCAGAAGAUCUUUCCGCAAUUGGCUGCCCUUUUGGAUAGACACGACUUGCUCAAAUCCCUGGUCAACACGCAGCUACCGACCUUGGCACUGACUUUGAUCAACGUCUUGGUGCCUUUUCUUUAUGACUGGCUGGCCAACAAGCAGGGCAUGAUAUCACAGGGAGAUGUCGAACUCUCUGUAAUAUCUAAGAACUUCUUUUUUACCUUCUUCAACUUUUUCAUCCUUUUUACCAUUCUUGGAACCGCUUCUAAUCUCGUACAAUUCCUCGACCACUUCGGUAAGAGGCUAAACAGCGCAACGGACUUUGCAUAUUUCCUGGCAAAAUCUCUAGCGGAUCUCCUGGGGUUCUACACGAACUACAUCAUCUUGCAGGGAUUCGGCUUGUUUCCGUUCCGACUGUUGGAAUUCGGCGCCUUGUCACUGUACCCGAUCUACUUGAUUGGGGCCAAAACACCUCGAGACUACGCUGAACUUGUUCAACCUCCAGUCUUUAGUUAUGGCUUUUUCUUGCCACAAACAAUUCUAAUCUUCAUCAUCUGCAUGGUAUACAGCGUGCUCCAGGACUCCUGGCAGGUCCUUCUUGUAGGGCUUGCCUACUUCAUGAUAGGCCACUUUGUCCACAAAUACCAGCUGCUUUAUGCCAUGGAACACCGUCAACACUCUACUGGUCGGGGUUGGACUAUGAUGUGCGACCGAGUCAUUGUCGGUGUCGCGCUAUUCCAAGUCACUGUGGCAGGGCAGCUCGCCCUCAAAAAGGCAUUUAAGCGCGCAGCACUCGUAGCACCUCUAGUGUUUUGUACUUUGUGGUUCUUUUUUGUUUUUGGAAGGACGUAUCGGCCAUUGAUGAAGUUUAUUGCACUGCGAAGCCUCCGAAAUCCAGAACCAUCAGACAUUGGGCGCGACAUCCAGGAAGAAGCGGUCGUUUCGGGACGAGAAGGCAGCAGAGCUUCCCUAGGCCGCCUCACACUCGACGAAGCUCGUGAGAAAGUUUAUGCCAAGUCUGGCUCCCGAAGUGGCACGCGAGAAACCAAAGACAUAGACAUGGCCUUCAUGGCGCUAAUGGCGAAUGCCAAUGAACAGACCGCUAUUUAUCUGUCUCGGGGGGUCGCUGGUACAAAGUCGGAGCCAGCUCUACCUCUCCUUGAUCUUCAGCCUUUGCACGUCGCAUCCUUCUUCGAAUCUUCCGACACUCGAAGACUGUCUCUAAGUCCACGCAGGCUACCUCUAGAGCCAAUGUCUCACGACUUGAUGCCAAUUCAUGACACCUACAUACCCGCAAGUUCAAGCGUACACCCCAGGAGCGAGUCGUCACCAUGCCCUAUCAAUGAUUGUGACAAAACGCAAUGCCCGACGAAGCGAUCGGAAGUUUUACGCCACAUUUUCCCACAUCCUACCAGGGGUCGCAACCUUCAACGUUCGAAUAUUUCGGGAAGGAUUGCCAAGCGGGUAAAAAAGGAGGCUGAUGCACCCAGGUCAUCAUCCAAUCCAAACGCCUUCCACAGAUACAUCUCUUCUCUCUUCAAUAAUGGCCAGGAACGUGGAGUAUACCUGCGGCAUCAACAGGCAAUGUCAAGUACCUCAAGUUCAGGCUCGAUACUAGGCUCAUCAAGUUACCAUGCCGCGAUGAGUGUAGACAUGGUUUCACCCGCGACGUUCAUGUUCAGUGGGCCCAGUCUUAGAUCUGGCAAAUCUUUCAGUCAUUCGAAUUCCCGUAUCACAAGUCAUACUAGAACAGAUAGCGAGCCCCGGCUAGCAUCCCGUGUGCGAACCGAUUCUUUCUGCAUGCUCGAUCAGGACAGCAUCAUUGACGAGGAGAUUAUGGAGCCAGAUCUCGAACAUGGUAUCACGCGUGUCAUGUCAGAUGUGAUACUUGGCGUGAGUAUCCCAGAAGAUGAGUUGGAGAUGCCUUUGUAUGGCUCGAAAGAAUGGGCUUGGAACUGCCAUACUCCGACCUUAAUCGCAAUGAAUUCCCAGGACAUGAUUGCCAAGGUUUCUGUUGCUCAUCGCCUACCAUUAGAGAUCCUACAAGAUGUCUUGCAACGUCUUUGCGCAAAAGACUUCAAUGCUGCACGUCAUACAUGUCGAUAUUGGAUGCGCACUAGUUUAGACAAGAGCUUGCUUAAAGUCAUGUUCAAGAGAGGCGGAUGGCAAAGCAGUGCCGAGCACUGCCUCGCUCAGGCAGGUCGAGCCAAACCAGGUCAUGUGAUGGGAAGUGAGGAGUGGAUUCUCAGUCGGCAUCUUGCAAGGCAAUGUGCACUGGCCCCUAGCUGGACUGGAAACGGUCUGGAAAUCGGCUCUGCAUUUUCGGAAGACACUUUGAUUGAUUUCCGGGAACUUUUCAAUGGCCAUACAACAUCUGCUUCCUGUAGAGGUCGCGGCCUAACCUUCUCCAUCAGUCUCUGUGGACAAUUUCUCUGCGUGGCUCGCGACACUCUCAUUCAUAUAUACGACCUUCGAAGCGGCCACCUCCAGCCUGUCACCAGUGUUGUGACCCCUAGGCGAGUCCUUUCAAUGAGUAUGGACGUCUCUGCAGGUCGUUAUGCUAUCGCUACGCUUCUAGAGGGACGAAUGGGCAUGGUAUGCGAGUUGCAAUACGGUCGCAAAGCUGUCAGCGUAGACCCAAUUCCAACAGAAGAUGACCAGAAUGAUUCUUUACACAAUACACCAAACAGAUCUUCGGUCUCCACUGGCUGUACGGGCAUCCCGAAAUCCUACUCAGCGACGAACAAUGCCCAUAGCCGUCCAUACAUCAAAGAACCGGAUCGCGGCUCAUUCCACGCGGUCGAUGUCAUCUCCAACCGUCAGCAUGUUACUUUGCAAAGAACAAAUGACAGCCGAGCACAUGAGCAGAACUUGAUCAAUGACUCCUGGCCUGAGUUUCAUGGACCCACAAAGAGGCAACAUUCUCAGGGGACCUCCAGAUCCACUUCCUGCGGUCACGGCAUACCUCUAGAAAGCGGCACGUCUACCUUCUACCGACACCUGUGCUCAGAAGACGAUCCGCCGCGUAGUGUCUCUAUAUGUCCCCAACGCCGUUGCGUCGCUUUUGGUUGUUCGGCUGGCAUUGAAUUGCACUGGAUUGAUGCAUUGACAGGACGGGGUUUGAACAGAUGGUUUCCUCUCACAGCACCUUCAGACCACUUGUUCUUCCUUUCUCCUCGUCCUGGAUUUGAAUCGGCGAAGAAACUGCGACUGAUUUCCAGCGCCGCACAUCCCAACGAUCGACCUUCUAUCAGUCGCAGAUUCUUCAGUCGGCCGACCGUAGGUUCGUUCUGGGGCUCUUUCGGUUUCGAAUCGAUGAAUCGUCGGCCUGGGUCUCCUGGGUGCGACCACUAUCAUGCGGUUCCAAUGAGUGAUGGGUUUCACGUCCUGUAUAUUGAUCCAAUCACGGAACACUUGACGCUGGGGUGUGAUGGGCCAUUAGGUGGACCUACUAAGUUAUUGCGAAAGGUCGUCUUGUUAUCACCCAACGAGAAAGCUGUCCCUCGUGUCUACUCUGCAGCAGCGGAUAUGUCACAGGGAGCUCUGGUCACAGUGGCAUUCGGCGAUACGAUUAUGCUGUACAACAUCCCACUUGAUUGGAACGAGCCACUGGCUCCGACACGUCCGUCUGGAAUUGACGAUACUGACCCUGUUUGGCCACUUGCCAUCCGUGGCACUGAGAUUGGAAGGCUCGUGGAUGUAUGCGAGCUCGCCGUCCAAACCCAACCCGACAUACUUCUCUGGGCUUUCACAAAAACAGCACAUUGUCAGACGUGGCGCCUACGUGAUUUUGUCGAUCCGAUUAUUCGUACCAAGCAGUACAUGUGCCGUAACGGAAUGGUUCAUCAUGCUUACUCUGUCGACGAGAGCGGAGAUGUUGUCAUGGAGGAUGCGUCCGCGUUGGAAGAAGCCAGCAGCUCACUUGAACGGCACUUGCACGGCAACAACGAGUUCGAGGUAACCACGGCGGACCAAUCUAUUGUUCCUGGCUUCGAUGGCAACGCAUCUGGAGUAUUGAAGCGAAUGCACAAGGCCCUGGCAGUGGAAUGUGAUCCCUGGGUGGACUUUUUGGAUCUCAAGGGCGCUUCUGAUGCUUGGUUUGAGGAUGAUGGCAGUAUCAUUGCUUGGUAUGGGACAUCAGAGUGA